AGCCGAGCCCGGCAGACGUCGGCUCCGGCGCUCGUCUACGCGGCCGACCAAUUGGUCUUUGUCCGAGACCGCUGCAGCCCAGGACUGAGGCUCAACGUGUCCGGAUUCGACUAUUCCACCGGAAACACGUACCCCUCGUCCGAGCUGUCGUCCAUCGGCCUGCAAGGGCCUUCAUGCGGUAAAUCCUCCAACAGCACCAGUCACGUCAUGCUGGACCAUCACCACCUCGACAGUGUUGCGCAUUCACACCACCUCAACUACCCCGUCGAGCACAACCACAACCACAACCACAACCACAACCACAAUUGCGGCUGUCACCAUUUCCAUCCGUCCCCCGGCCUGUUGUCCCCUCCAACCGCGGCCCCGUCGGCUCCAGGACCACGGCCAUAUGUACAUACGUCCUCCUUGCUGGCCAACGAGCCCCACAUGGACGCCAGUCUUGCCGAGCCCAUGUACCGAAGUCACCCCACCCGACAGCCCCAGCAACAGCGUGAGCAACAGCACUACUCUGUACACUCGCACUCGCUAUCGCAGCAGCAAGAAGCGAGAACCCUGUUGCCGGGCCAACAUCAGAACAUGCAACAUGAGACCGGACCUUGUGACCGUCUCGCGGUCGGUGACCACUCACGACCAUCGAGCUGUACCUGCGGCUUCAAUAGUUGCUCUGCCAUGCUAUCAGAAAUGGACUUUUCUCGCCUCGAGGCCACUCCACGUAGCAACGAGAUUUCAGCUCAGACAGUCGGUGUUGCCACCGCGACCAGAGUCUCUUCAGGCGCCAUGACACCGGCGGUGCACACUCACAGUGCCGGUUUGAGUUUUGAAGUCUCGUAUCUGGCGGCCAAGCAGACGACCUAUCGCCAGAGCCUAAACCGACCGACGCCCGAGGGGCAGGAAAAGACGUUGACGUAUGCAAGCGGCACGAGAGACAGCCUCAGCGACGGUGACAAGCGAGAAGGCCGUCCUUUAGACCCUCUCGGCAGUGCUCAGAGCCCCGCAGACCUUCGCGACCGUCGACCAUGCGACAUUUGCGGUGACGUUUCGGCAGGCUACCAUUGCAAUGCCUACGUUUGCGAGGCCUGCAAGGUGAAGCUCGACUUGUUGUCGGACGGCAGUCCAGGUCUAUGUGAAACUUGA